CAGGCAGUGAGCUGUGCCUGAAAGACUGAACUCAGGGCGGGCCGGGCACAAUUUCACCUCCGUCACUGCUGACGUCGUCUUCCUACUAGUGACUGCUGUUAUCAAGAUGGCGCUGCGGCCAGGAUCUGGUGGAGGCAGCAGUUUUAUGUAUCCUGUUGGAGGGGGCCUCGGUCCUCCACAAGGCAUGGUACCCAUGCAGCAACAGCAGCAACAACAACAGCAACAGCAGGGCUUCCCCAUGGUUCCUGUCAUGCAGCCGAACAUGCAGGGCAUGAUGGGAAUGAACUUUGGGGGACAGAUGCCCCCGGGAGCAAUGUCUAUGCAGGGUGGGAUGGCUAUUGGCAUGCAGACCCCUGGGAUGCAGUUCUUGGGUCAGCCACAGUUUAUGGGUAUGAGACCUGCUGGACCCCAGUAUACUGCCGACAUGCAGAAACAAAUGGCCGAGGAGCACCAAAAACGUCUGGAGCAGCAGCAGAAGAUGAUGGAGGAGGACAGGAAAAGAAGACAAUUUGAGGAGCAGAAACAGAAGCUGAGGCUGCUCAGCAGUGUCAAACCCAAGACAGGAGAGAAGAGUCGUGAUGAUGCCUUGGAGGCAAUCAAAGGCAACCUGGAUGGCUUCAGCAGAGAUGCGAAGAUGCACCCCACUCCAUCAUCACAGACCAAGAAGCAAGACUCAUCGCCAUCACACCCGUCUGUCACCACUCACUCCCUCCCCCCAGCUUUGUCCGAGGACAAUGACGAAUUUAGUGACUUUCAGGGGCCUUUAGACGCCCCUGCCUCCCUCCCUCCGCCCUCCUCCACCUUCUCCUCUCAGGCCCAAGUCCAGCCUUCGUCCUCCAAGACAGGUUUCUCUGAGGACGAUAACGAGUUUAGUGACUUUGUUCAGGGUCCUGUAAAUGCUUUCCCUUCCUCCAACUUCCACCUCUCCUCUCAGGCCCAAGUGCAACCUUCAUCCCCUUCCCUGAGGGCAGGUCUGUCCUCUUCUUCCUCCUCCCUCCCUCAGUCCCUCCCUGCCUCUGUGUCCAUUCCCACUGUCACCCAGCACUCAGCUGUCAACACCAGCUCCCAAUCUGCAUUUCAAGGCCCGUCCCUGGAAGAGAAGCUAUUCUCCUCAUGUGAUCUUACUGCCGAUAAGACGGCCCAGGUUAGCUUUAAGUCCAAGCAUAGUUUGGCUUUGGGUCCCAAAGUUAAAGUUUCAGCCCAGUUUGAAUCCAGCACUAAAGCGAGGAACUGGGCUGCGGCCCCUGAGGACUUGAGUUCUGUCUUCGUCGCAGAAAAGCUACCUGAGGCCCCGGUGUCAGCACCCAGUGUCCCCCCGUCAGCUGCUGACUCGUCUCCUCAAACCAGUAGUGACAGUGGCCAAAUCUCAUUAGAGGGACCUUCUCAUGUUGGCGCUUUCUGCACACAUUUUGGAAAUGGACUGUGUCUGUCGAGGUCUUGGGCAGGUGUUGGUGUGUACCCACAACAAGAGCACAUCCAGCCCAUGGUGCCAGCCUGGGUUUACAAUGACAGCCUCGUCCCAGAAAUGUUCAAGAAGGUUCUUGAAUUCACCAUGACUCCGGCAGGGAUAGACACAGCCAAACUCUACCCAAUACUAAUGUCAUCAGGUCUUCCCAGGGAAGCACUGGGGCAAAUCUGGGCGUCAGCCAACCGCACAACACCUGGCAUGCUGACCAAGGAGGAGCUUUACACUGUACUAGCACUAAUUGGUGUGGCGCAGAGUGGCCUCCCAGCAAUGAAUGUGGAAAUCCUCAGUCAGUUCCCUUCUCCACCAGUGCCCAACCUGCCGGCCCUGACUAUGGCCAUGGCCCCUGUCAUGCUCCAGCACCAGCAGCCCAUGAUGACCAAGCCCCCGGUCUCCAUGGCCAUGCCCACACCAGCACCACCAGUCAUGGUCAUGACACCUGCAGCACCUUCUCAAGCACCCACAAACACUAACUUCAUCGCCAGUUUCCCUCCUGCACAGGGGACCAAAGCCGACGACGAUGACUUCCAGGACUUCCAGGAGGCUCCAAAGGCAGGAGCAGGAGACCAGGCCUUCACUGAGUUCCAGGGGGAGUCAGGUGGAAGUUUCCCCACCACCAGCGCACCUCAGCACCAACACAGUGCGCCUGCCAUGCUGACUCCAGUGUCUGGUUCCUCCUCCACCUCGGUCACGUCCUCUGAUAAAUAUGCUGUUUUCAAGCAGCUGUCUGUGGAUCCGCCUGCAGAGCCUACACCCCCUGCCUCAGAUAUUGGAGACAAAUACAGUGUGUUCAGACAACUUGAGCAACCUGCUGACAAGAAACCAGUCGGGGAAGGAUUUGCAGAUUUCAAGUCUGUCAGCGCUGAUGAUGGCUUCACAGACUUUAAAACCGCCGACAGCGUCUCUCCACUAGACUCUUCGGAACAGGCCAAGAUCUUUCAACCUGCCUUCCCUUGUACUUUCCCAAACUCUCAGUCUCUACAACAUCUACCACAGCAGCAGCAACAGCCAGCAGUGUCUCUUUCUCAGCCCAAAAAUCCUCUCAACAUGGCCGACCUGGACCUUUUCUCUUCCAUAGCUUCCUCUAUUCCUGCCCCCACUGAGACAAAACCCAGCACAUUCCCUUCUGUUGCUGUGCCCCCCUCUCUAGUGCUCCUACCAGGUGGAGCCAAACCUCCCGGGGGAGGUGCAGAUGAUUUUGGUGAUUUUGCCCUUUUUGGCUCCUCAUCUGAUGCUGCUCAAGCUUCAGCAGCAGGAGGAGCUGUGGCAGCCCCUCAGGACGACUUUGCAGACUUCAUGGCGUUUGGCAGUUCUGGUGGAGAGCCUAAAUGCGAGAGCAGUGUGGGGGUCCAAGUGGAGACCUCCACUCAGCAGCGGCCUCAGCAGAGCUCCGACAAGUACGAUGUAUUCAAACAGCUGUCUCUGGAGGGAGGAUUGGCCUACGAUGAUACUAAGGAGAGUGGUGGUGGCUCCUUCUCUUCUCUCAAGAGCGACGCAGAUGACUUUGCCGACUUUCAGUCCUCGAAGUUCUGCACAGCGCUCGGGGCUUCGGAAAAGACUCUUGUGGACAAGGUGGCCGCUUUCAAACAGGCCAAAGAGGACUCCGCCUCUGUCAAGUCCCUCGACCUCCCAUCCAUCGGCGGAAGCAGUGUAGGAAAGGACGACUCAGAGGACGCACUCUCAGUGCAGCUAGACAUGAAACUCUCGGACAUGGGCGGAGACCUGAAGCAUGUGAUGUCGGACAGCUCACUGGAUUUGCCGGGUCUCUCGGCCCACCAGCCCCCUGCUACAGAGGGAGACGACAUGAAAUUUGACCCCUUUGGGACGUCGGCCCUCAGCACCCUGUCCAGCUAUGACUGGUCAGACCGGGAGGAAUGUCUGCCCGGUGAGGUCAGAAAGCCGCAGGGCUUGGAAGGAGCUUCCCUGCCAUCUUUAGUGCCUGUACAGAGGAAGGAGCUGACCUUUGGUAGCACCGAAAACAUCACAAGCUGCUCCAUAGCAAAGAUCACCACCUCCUUCCCCACCGAGGAUGGCUCAUCGACAGAUGACAAGUUUGAAGCCUUUGCUGAUUUUGGCUCCGGCGACCAGGGUGGUGUCGAUGACUUUGGGGACUUUGCAAGUACUGUUUCUGAAAAGUCCGACUCGCCUGCUGCCACCGCUGAGGCGGGCUCCGAGGGAAACCAAAGUGAAGCCUGUGAUGAGUUUGGAGCAUUCCAGGGGGACAAGCCUAAGUUUGGCAAGUCUGACUUCCUCAAAGCCAGCACUCAGACCAAAGUCAAGUCCAGUGAGGAGAUGAUCAAGAACGAACUGGCAACCUUUGACUUGUCUGUUCAAGGCUCCCACAAACGCAGUCACAGUUUGGGCGACAAGGAGAUUGGGCGUUCGCCCCCGUCUCCGGCUCCAGAGCAGCCCUUCAGAGACAGAUCCAACACCCUCAGCGAGAAGCCCGCCCUGCCUGUCAUCAGGGACAAGUACAAGGACCUGACUGGGGAGGUGGAGGAGAGCGAGCGCUACGCAUACGAGUGGCAAAGGUGUCUGGAAAAUGCUCUGGAGGUCAUCACCAAAGCUAACAACAUCCUGAACGGCAUCAGCAGCUCCUCUGUCUGCACCGAGGUCAUCCAGUCUGCUCAGGGCAUGGAGUAUCUGCUGGGUGUGGUGGAAGUGUAUCGCGUAACCAGGCGUGUGGAGCUGGGCAUCAAGGCGACAGCCGUGUGCUCCGAGAAGCUGCAGCAGCUGCUGAAGGACAUCAGCCGAGUGUGGAACAACCUCAUGGGCUUCAUGUCGCUGGCCAAGCUCGCUCCCGAUGAAAGCUCCCUAGAUUUCUCCUCAUGUAUUCUGAGGCACGGCAUCAAGAAUGCGAAGGAGUUGGCUUGUGGGGUGUGUCUGCUCAACGUCGACGCUCGCAGCAAGAACAAAGAAGAAAGCACUAUUGGACGUCUGUUUAAACGAGCACUGACCAAAGACACUGACAGGAGGUUAUGGGCGUUCAACUCGGAGACAGACAACUUCAAGCUGCUGUACGGGGGCCACCAGUACCACGCCAGCUGUGCCAAUUUCUGGAUUAACUGUGUGGAGCCCAAACCCCCGGGCCUCAUACUGCCUGACCUGCUCUGAGCUUUGGCUGUGGCUGCCAUGGCAAUGUGUCACGAGCUAAUCAACAUCAGAUAGGUGGAGCAACGACGCGCCUCGCACUGCAUGGGCUCUCACCUUGGACUGAGAGCGAGAGAAGGACGUUUAAAGUCACUGGAUCCCUCUGUAUUUAUUUGUUUUUUAUUCUGCAAUCUCCCUCUGCUUGCACUGAGCUGUCACUCAGGCUGAGUUCAUGUGCAGAUCCGGUAGUUUGUUCAAAUUUAAGGCUUUUCUCUAAAUAACUAUACCAGCUACGGUGUUAUUGUUACCCUUUUGUUCUUCCACAUAAAUUACUUAAAGUAUAGGUCAGCUGUAUAGGUCAUAUUUAAAUCACUUACGAUUGAUGCUUUUAAGAUAUCCACUGAUUUUCUCUGCAGAAAAAAAGUCAAUAUUACUAAAUAAUCUCUUGUCAGUGACUCAUAUUUAAGUUAUUAGGUGUGCAAUAUCAUUAAAAACACAGGUGAUGGAAAUCUGUAAAAAUCUUGAGUUUUUAAUGUCACUUUGCUUCUGUUUAACAGGAAUGUUAUUCAUGACUCCCUUUGUUCCCACUGAACCAGAGCAGUUGAAUCAUAAGCUUAUUAUUGUACUUGAAUUACAUUUGUUGGUCGGGUCUGUUUGAUGAAACUCUGGCUGUUAUGGUUUUAAUAUCUUUCUAAAAUACCAUUCAAACUAAGGCAGAUGUCUGCCUUUUUAUGAAUUGUGUUGAAUUAACUGCUUUGAAUGUUUUUUGCACUAUUGAGGAGAUUUCAGCACCUCUUGGUAUUUAAAUUGUGUACUUUAUAGGGGGAAAAAGUUGUUGAUUUUGGGUCUUGAAGGGAACUAUGUUAACGGUUUUGUUUUUCUGUUUUGGUGUUGUGUGCAACUAGAGCUGAAAGUCUGGAAGAAGUUGACUGUGAUUCUGAACUAAAAUUGCAGCAGCACUUUUUGUAUAUUGCAGUGUCAUGCUGUAGCAUUGUAAUUAUGACUAACUGUAAUGUGAAUGUGAUGUAAAUAAAUAUGCAUACAUCUUA